AUGCGUGAGUUCCUGGACUCUGCUGCGGCCAAGCAUGAGAAUAGCCUCAACAGCAAGUGGAAGUUGGCUGUCUACCUGGACGAAGUAAGUCCAGGUAACCAGCUUAAAGUUCACAACAGAAGAAAACUUCAGGCUUGCUACUUUUCCAUCCAGGAAUUCGGCGGUUACAACCUCAACUUGGUCAACCAGCUGAAGGAUGGACUGACCCAGCUGUUUAAGCUCUGGAUCAAAGCCUUUUUUUGUGAGUCUGGAAACCUUUCAGCCGGAAUUUCAUUGCAAAUCAAUGGGUUGGACCGGGUGAUGGCAUUUUCGCUUGGCUACAUCGUUGCAGAUGAGGCUGCCAUCAAACAUGCCUUCGAGAACAAAGGGGCUGCAGGAAAGAUGUUGUGUCUCUUCUGCCAGACGACAAUUCAGAAGAGAUAUGCGCCAGCUGUGCUAGGCAUGUUAGUGCCACACACGGAAGUGGACCAUUCAAAGCUUGUUCUGCACACGGACCGUAGCAUUUGGCAAGUCGUGGACCAUCUGCAUGCUGCGUAUAUGGCCGGACGGUCCAAGAAAGAGUUUAGCGAUCUUGAGACACGGCUAGGUUUCAACUAUACGCCGCAUGGCGUGCUACUCGACCAUGAUUUGAGAGCAAUUGUGCGGCCGAUCUCUCAGACGUGCUUCGACCCGAUGCACGUCUACUUAGUCGCAGGCAUAUGGCAUCGCGAAGUAUCUCUGUUGAUGAAUGUUCUUGCAGCCGAUGGUUACAGGCAACCUUCCCUGCAUGACUUUUGUUCAAGUUUCAUUUGGCCAAUGAUUCACGGUGGAGCAUCCUGUCCUGCGAAGAAUUCUUUCAAAAAGAAAAAGGAACCAGAUGCAGAAUUCAAAUGCGGAGCAAGUGAAGCGUUGGCAUUGUAUCCAGUGCUGAGGGCAUUUUUGGUCCAUCAAGUGGAGCAACCCAGUGAGCCUCUGCGGCAAGCCAUCGAGUCCUACUACAGAUUGGCAGAAGUUCUGGACUCGUUGAAAGCAGCUGCUGUUGGCGCCAUUGCCCCCGCUGCUAGUUACGGAGAGCAGCACUACUUACCGAAGCAUCAUUUGGCCAUUCAUUUGGGCCAGCAGCUGGAACUUCAUGAGCUGCUCAUCAGCUGCUUUGUCCAUGAAAGGUGGGCUGAUCAGCAGCAUUCAGGGCAUCAAAGCAUGGAGCGCUCUGUUCUGAGAGAGGUGCUGCUGACGCACUUUCAUGAUUUGAAUGCGGUGGAGCAGAAUGCUUUCAAGCCCGCAAGUGAAACACUGAGCAGUUCAUUUCGCAUUCUCUUUGGCCUUCCAUUUCUGGUCUCGCCGCUUUUGGUUUCAAGAAUUGCGUCUCGUUGCCAAAGCGACGACAUCGUUGCUUUGGCAGACCCUCCUGCCAUUGCACGGGUUCAUUUUCAUCUCCGAUAUUUGGAACAUGCUUUCACUUAUGUUCAAAUCUUUGCGAAGGUUUCCACGAAUCGAUUUCGGCCUUUGCUGGAUCAAGAUGCCCUUGUAGAGACUUCUCGCAUUCGGGGGGCAUUGGUGUACAAGAUGCUCGAAAAUGACCACAUUCUUGAAGUCGAGAUCUGCAGGAAGGCGAUCGAAGAGCGCAAUGGCCUUCGCCCCCUUGACGCUGCGCAAACAGGUGCAUGUUACAACCUCUUGCUGGAUAGCUUGGUGACCCUGAUAGAAGCCAAGUCCAGCUUGUCAGUGUGCCAACUGGAACUGGCCAAGCUCCAGAAGCAGCUCUGUGAGCUGAAGCAGGUUUUGCUUCCAGAUGUACCUGAGUGGCGGAUGGAGGAUGUGCUUCGCCAUGGUGCCAAAAGAAGCGCUGCAGAGAUGGGAGAUGCGUCUCCUGCGACUCGUGACCACUUGCGCUGGAAGAGCAUAUACCAGCGCCGCAUCAAUAUGGAUUUGACUCCAACGGUGUCACCUGGCAGCCCAUGGGCUCAGAACUUGGAAGGUGAUGAAGGUGCAGACAUGCCCGCAAUGCCGUGUGCUGCUUCGUCUGCGGGCAGUGCUUCCGCACCUGCUUCUCAUGAUCAGCCCAAUGAGGAGGUGCCGUGCCAUGAGUUGCCAACUUUGGUGGUUGCUGAGGAUGCAGCUGUGAAGGCAUAG